AAAGGAAUUUUUGUGCGAAUGGGGACAGUUAUCGACUCCCAUUUCUUGGGCCUAACCGCCAUUGUUACAGUGGUUUACCAAUUAAUCUUUUUUAUAAUCACAGCACUCCUCAAAUUUGAUAAAGUCACAGACUUCGCAGGAGGUACAAAUUUCAUUGUGCUUGCAUUAUUAACUUUGAUACUAAAGGGUUCAUGGAAUUUUCGACAGGUGGUUUUGUCUGUGUUUGUCGUGAUAUGGGGCCUUCGACUGGGGCUAUUUCUAUUAAUGAGGAUAUUACAAUGGGGCGAGGAUAGACGUUUUGAUGAUAAGCGUGAUAAUCUGGGGAAACUGGCAAUAUUUUGGCUAUUUCAGGCAAUCUGGGUGUGGACUGUGAGUUUACCAGUAACAGUUGUUAAUGCAAGUGACCACCAGCCAUCUCUUCAGACGGUAGACAUCAUUGGUUGGAUUAUGUGGUCUAUCGGAAUUUUAGUUGAGAUCACAGCUGACCAACAAAAGUUAACAUUCAAAAACUCCCCAGAGAACAGAGGAAAGUGGUGCAAUGUUGGACUUUGGAAGUAUUCACGGCAUCCAAACUAUUUUGGCGAGAUCUUUCUAUGGUGGGGAAUAUUUGUGGCAUCAACGCCUGUGCUGGAGGGUGCUGAAUGGCUUGUUGUGCUUGGACCAGUUUUCUUAACGUUGUUGCUGCUUUUCGUUAGUGGCAUUCCAUUGCUUGAGGAAUCAGCAGACAAGAAAUACGGAAAUGUGGCUGAAUAUAUAAUAUAUAAGGACACAACAAGCCCUCUUAUUCUGCUGCCCCCUGGAUUAUAUGGAAUGCUUCCUUCAUGGUACAAAACUAUAUUCCUUUUUGAGUUUCCGCUGUACAGUCGCAAUCUUUCCCAAUAAGAGCUAAGCUGGUAAAACUUCAAUCUUCUACUAAGAAUGUUUCUUCAAUUUUUCUGCAACUUUAUUUGUUAUAUGAUUCAUAGGUUGCAACAAUCUUUAUAAAAUUCAUGAAUAUUGUGCUUGU